CCCGUUUGCAGCUCAGCAGCAUGCGCGUCCUCCUCGUGUCCGAAAACGUGCCGCCGCAGGUCAACGGCAUCGCCCGCCGGGUCGGGAAGUAUGCGGACGGCCUUCGCGAGCGAGGCUGCACAGUCACGCUCUGCCACCCGGGGUCUGAGUGCUGCUGGGCCUUCGCAAACCCUUGGAACUUUAGCGCUUCGAUGAUGGUGUUGCGGCCGCUGGCCUUCGUCGAGCUCGCCCGCCAGCGCUGGGACGUUGUUCACGUCGUAAUGCCUCUCAACCUCUCCGGAGUCUGGCUCCUCGCCGCCUUCCGAUUCCUGCACCUCUUUGGCGCGGACGCGCCGCGGCUGGUCGUCUCGUGGCACUGCAACCUCGGCGCGUACAACGAGUCCAUAUUCCCCGCCGGGCUCAACUGGAUCACGGAGCGGCUCUGCACAGCGGUCUUCUGCCCGGUCGGCGCCCUCGCCGACAAGCUGCUCAUCCCGACGCCUUCCACCGAGCCGGCGAUCCGCGCCGCGUUUGGCGACCGGUGGGGCAUCUGCAGCAACGGUCUCUCGGCUGAGGCCUUGAACGCGUCGAGGCGCGGCCAACGCAUUGGUCCAUGGGCCUUCAACCCAGAAGCGCGCCACUCGCCCGAGGGCAAGGCGUGGGAGGCGCGCAAGCAGGAGGCGCUGCAGGCGAGCGGCUGCUCGCACCUCCUCCUCUGCGUCGGCCGCCUCUCGCCCGAGAAGGGCGUGGCGGACCUGAUCGAGGCGCUGCCCCUCCUGCCCGGCUGCGCGCUGUGGCUCGUCGGGGACGGGCCCGCCCGCCCGCGGCUCGAGCACCUCGCGUCUGCGGCCGGCCUCCCCGUCACUUUCUGGGGCUACCAGCGAGGCGCCGCGCUGUCGGCGGGCCCCGCAGCCGCCCCCGACGUGCGGGCUGCCUCUCUGCGAGUAGGCCAGACCGUCAACGAGGCUCUCGCGUCGGGCGUCCCGGUGGCCGUGCCGCGCGUGGGGUGCUUCGCCGAGGCGUACGACGGCUUGCUCGACCGCCAGCGCGACAUGUGGUCGCCCGGCGACGCGCGCGACAUGGCGGCCGCCAUCGGCCGGCAGCUGCAGGCUGGCGGGGCGCGCGAGCCGCCGGUGGUGAAGGAUUGGGCCACCGCCACGGACGAGCUGCUGCGCGAGUACAUGACGUGCGAGGCUGGUGCCGCGAGGAAGGGGCGGUCGCGGGCGGCGCGCGCGCUCGCGAGCGGUGCGCUCGUCGCCGGCUACCCGUUCUUUUGGCUGCUCACCGCGGGCGUGACUCUCGCCGUCGUGUGCCUCUCGCUGCUGCGCACGGCGCUCAACGGAGUCGGCUUGCGCGACUAUUGCGCGAUCAAGGCGCGCGGGGCUGAGGGGCAGAGGGGAGCGGGGCUGGCCGCGCCGCCACAGCCCCGACACAGAGAGCCCCACGCCCACCGGGUGUCGCAGGCCCGGUCUGUCAAGGGCUCCUUCAAGCGCGCCGCCUCCGCGCCGCCCGAGCGGACCCCGAGCCCGUCGCGCGUGCACGACCCGCUGCACGCCUAG